AUGGAGCCCAACGUCCAACGUCUCUUGAAUGACAAGCUCUAUGACAAGAGAAAAUUAGGCGCAUUGGAACUGGAACGCAUCAUCCGGGAACUCACGGCAGCUAAAGAUUACGAAAGGGUCACGGCCAUCCUUGAGCAGCUUGUUAGCGAGUAUGCAUACGCUGUACAUCAGCCUCAUGCUCGGAAUGGGGGUCUAAUCGGCCUGGCUGCCGCGGCUAUUGCCCUCGGCUCAGAGCUGCCUAGGUACCUCGAGAUUAUAGUGCCGCCUGUGCUAGCCUGCUUUACCGAUCAGGAUGCGCGGGUUCGUUACUACGCUUGUGAGUCGAUGUACAACAUUGCCAAGGUCGCCAAAGGGGAGAUCCUCAAAUACUUCAACCACAUAUUCGAUGCCUUGUGUAGGCUAGGUGCAGAUUCGGAACUGUCGGUCAAGAAUGGCGCAGAGCUUCUCGACCGGCUAAUCAAGGAUAUUGUGUCUGAAUCCGCCGCUACUUACGUCUCCGUUCUCGAAAAUCCCGAAUACGACGGGAAGGACGUGGAUUCCCAGGAGGAUUCAUCGGAACCUCCUACGGCCUUCUCGCUGCCCAAGUUCAUUCCGCUCCUCAAAGAACGCAUUUAUGUUAUCAACCCCUUCACCCGGACCUUUCUGGUUGGCUGGAUUACGCUGCUGGAUUCCAUCCCUGACCUUGAGCUCGUCACGUACUUGCCCGAGUUUCUGGAUGGCCUGCUCAAGUUCCUUGGCGGACACAAUGCCGAUGUUCACGCAGCCACCCAAGCCUGUUUGGAUAAAUUCCUCAAUGAGAUUAAGCGUAUUGCUAGGGUCAAGAAAGGCAUUUCUGAAAGCAAGAAAUCUAAGGGGGACGGGAAGCGAAAACGGGAGGAGUCUAUCGACAGUGCCAGCGUGCAGCUCGGUCCCGACGAAGUGGAAGAGGCCGGCUCUACUACGGCCGCGGAUGAUGAUGGCGAAGUCAGCAGUGAAGACGAUUGGGUCCCCGGGCAGGAUGUUCAAAUUAAUUACAAGGCCAUACUGGAGAUUCUGACGGCGACUCUUGACUCCCCACUCGAGGAAGAUAGUCUACAGGAGGCGCUGCGGUGGAUCGUGGCUUUUCUCGACAUAUGUCCCGAGGAGGUACUGCCUUUUACGCCCAAGGUCCUAGCACACUUGCUACCUGCUAUGGCCAGCGGUGUAGAGCCCAUUCGGCAAGCCGCAGCUAGAGUGAACUCCUCAUUGAUGGAAUACGUCGUUUCGUUGUCCGACGAGCCAGAGGGCCCAGGGCCACCACCUCCUCCUCCGUUGAGUCGACCGCCAUCUCGGAUUCCGACGAAUCUUGCUCCUGAACGUCAGGAGGGCGCCUCUAGUAAUCGAGCUUCCCUAGCCAGCUCGAAGGACCUAGAUUUGCGCAGUCCCACGCCCGCCCAAAAUCGUAGGAUAUCGCCAACGCCUUCGCCGCAAGCAGAUUUAGACUACGCCGCGGCGGUCAACUCGUUGACACUUCUCUUCCUCAACGACCAUGAAGCGACUCGGGUUGCCGCUCUGACUUGGCUCAUCAUGUUGCAUAGAAAAGCACCCCGAAAAAUCGUAGCUUUCAACGACGGAACCUUCCCUGCCCUUUUGAAGACACUGUCGGACCCGGCCGAGGCUGUGGUGACCAAAGAUCUCCAGUUACUCUCGCAAAUAUCGCGGAACAGUGAGGAGGACUACUUUUCCAACUUCAUGGUCAAUCUCUUGCAACUCUUCUCGACCGAUAGGAAACUGUUGGAGACGCGAGGAAACUUGAUCAUUCGCCAACUGUGUAUGACACUGAGUGCAGAACGCAUUUAUCGCACCCUGGCCGAAUGCAUCGAGAAGGAGGAUGAUGUCGAGUUUGCAAGCAUUAUGGUGCAGAACCUCAACAACAACCUCAUCACGGCACCAGAGCUUGCCGAUCUCAGAAAGCGGCUUCGCAAUCUCGAGACUAAGGAUGGACAGACGUUCUUUGUUGCACUCUUUCGGUCAUGGUGCUAUAACGCGGUGGCUACCUUCUCGUUAUGUCUGUUGGCGCAGGCAUACGAGGCUGCAUACAACCUAUUGCAGAUAUUUGCGGAACUCGAGAUGACGGUCAAUAUUCUCAUCCAGAUCGACAAGCUCGUCCAGUUGAUUGAAUCACCAGUCUUCACAUAUCUUCGCCUUCAACUACUUGAGCCGGAGAAGUAUCCGUACCUAUACAAGUGCUUGUACGGGCUGCUGAUGCUCCUUCCCCAAUCCUCUGCUUUUGCCGCAUUGAAAAAUCGACUCAACAGCGUCAGCUCAAUAGGCUAUCUGCAUAUUGCGCAGCCUAGACCGUAUGUAACAUCCACUGCCCCGACGCAUCACUCGCGCCAGAAUUCGAUAGCCGAGGCGGUGUCUUCCUUUCAAACCCAUAACCCUCGUUCCAAAAGCGUUCAUGACACUCAUGCUUCAUCUCCUAGUUCUGUCACUACACCCAGCGCAUCAACUUAUGACCGGCCCAACAGGCUGAAGGGACGCGAGGAGGGCCUCAUUCGGUGGGAUCAGCUUCUGGAAAAGUUCCGAAGUGUGCAGGACAGGGCCAGGCGGGCACAGCGGUUGGGCGUUGGAUUGGAUGAGGGUCCGGAUUUUAGUGACUUCCGGAUUUCGGAGAGCCAGGGUCAUAAAGAGCCGCCUCGCGGUCCGCCCGUGCCGCAGAAAGAUGCCGUGCCGCCAGCAAUUGCACCUACGAAGCGUAGUUCAGGUCUGGGCAGACAGUUUGGAAGGCUCGGUGGAGCGGUCGCCGGUCGAGGUAAGAGAUCGUAG